GAUGUGUCAGCUAUGGCUGCAGUGCUUCCAGUAUUCAUGAAUGCCUCGAUGAACGAGGAGCGCGGUUCCUGAAGAAAACAGAAGUGGGGGCGCGUCGCUGGUAGUAUUGUCUGCCCAGUUCAUAUUCCGUGGAUUGCCGCGUAAACUAGUGGCUCGUCCCUCCUCGCUGCGAGGCGAUUUGCAUGCACUUGGAGCGUAAACUCAGUGCUGCUGCGCAAAUCGUCUGGAUCUUUAAAAAAUAACCCUUUACAUUAAGGAGCUAGCUAGCUUUCAGCAGCCAUGUCUGGUGUUGUGCGAGGCCCCGCUGGAAAUAACGAUUGUCGGAUUUACGUGGGGAAUCUACCUCCUGAUAUCCGCACGAAAGAUGUGGAGGACGUCUUCUACAAAUACGGGACCAUCCGAGACAUCGACCUGAAGAACAGGAGAGGAGGCCCGCCUUUUGCCUUCAUCGAGUUCGAGGACCCCAGGGAUGCAGAUGAUGCGGUUUAUGGACGGGACGGGUAUGACUACGACGGCUACAGGCUGCGAGUGGAGUUCCCUCGGAGUGGCAGAGGCUCGAGGGGCGGCUACGGGGGGAUCGGAGGGGCUCCCAGAGGCAGAUAUGGGCCUCCAUCCAGACGCUCAGAGUACAGGGUCAUUGUGUCUGGACUCCCUCAGAGCGGCAGCUGGCAGGACCUGAAGGACCACAUGCGCGAAGCUGGUGACGUGUGCUACGCCGAUGUUUUCAGAGAUGGAACUGGAGUUGUAGAGUUUGUGCGCAAAGAAGACAUGACCUAUGCUGUUCGAAAGCUGGACAACACCAAAUUCCGCUCACAUGAGGGAGAAACUGCUUACAUUCGUGUGAAAUUAGACGGUCCCCGCAGCCCAAGUUAUGGAAGAUCACGCUCCCGAAGCCGUGGCAGCCGCAGCAGGAGCCGCAGUCGCAGCGCCAGUCGCAGCCGCAGCAAUUCCCGGGGCCGUGGCAGAGGAUCACCGCGCUACUCGCCUCGACACAGCCGCUCUCGCUCUCGAUCCUAAACCUAAACCUUUCUACCAUUGAUGUGUUGCCCCUUCGAUGUAUUCUCUUGUUUUUAUCUCUUAUGAGUUCCUCCAGAUGUCAGCAAUUGAUUUUUAAUUUUUGCAUUUCAUGUCCCUGUGUCCUUGUGGAUGAUCUUGGUAUGUAGAUGUACCCCCACCCACCCUCUUCCACCAUUCCCCCCCACCCUCCUCCAGCUGCUUUGUCCUGUUUGUUUUUCUCCUUUCUCUCUCUCCCCCUUUCUCUGUCCUCUCUCAAUUUUUCGCAACAGUAGAAAAUGUGCUGUGCUGAACUUCAAAAAUGUUGAGUUGCUUUAACCGACACUCAAUGUUUUUGCAAGUAUGGAUAAUUGAGUUAUGUUUUUGUUUAUUUUUUUAAACAGCUUCUAUCAUUGGAUUUGUGGGGUGGUCUGUUUGGAUGGGGAGCCCAAUGCUUAACUGUAUUUUACCCUUGUGUCUUCCUUUAGACAUCUGAAGAGAAGGAUUAAAGUGAUUUGGAAUAAAACGA